AUGUUUCGUCAGGAGCUCUACACCAGUCAGACAGAACUACAGAAUUCCAAUUACUCCUCGGGAUAUGGAAAUGUGACUGGCUUCCACUUGUCGUACCAAGACAUGAAACAGGGCUUAAAUGCCACCGAAUGGCCGUUUCACGAGUACAACGCAACACACCCAUGGAAAGAACAGCAACAGUGGUCGUUGUUGCCCGACAUCGUCAGCGAGCGUGUCAUGAGCUUCUGGGGCACCGAUAGCGUGGACCACAAGGCAUACCUAUUGAACAUCUCAGGCAAUGCGUACGGUCAGUUCGAGCAGGAAAACAACCUGGUCCAGCCGUACCACUUGCAAUUCCCGGGGUAUCUCGCAGAUUACUUUAGUGUGAAAUCCAGCCAAAAGUACGAGGAAGACAAGGAGAGGUACGAAAACGAUCCCGAGAACAACCCUCCCCCCGAGAAAAUCGAUUUUGACAAAAUUGGAUUCCAAAGAGAAGGAAAUAUUACUGGAAACGGAGAAUUGGCCGUGUCCAUCAAGAGCCACAAGUACGAGACUGGCCUCGAAGAAUCGACUGCCAUCGACAAUGCCGUAAUUGUGGACCUCCACGUCAAUAUCAAGGACCACGGCGAGAUCCAGAAUUUCAAUUUUGACACCCAGGGCAUCUAUUUUCAAGACACAGGGUCAAUUUUGACUACCAGCCAUUCCGGCAAAUUCUUGGGCAAGUACGCUUUGCCCCACUUUGCCAUGUCGGAGACCAAGUUCGAGUUGGCCAAGACGCUCAUGUUGCACCUGUUGAACUCGACAUCGCCAUUCGAUGUGUCGCUCGACCACAUGCACCAAUACAUCUUCAAUAACUACACGAUGUGCGAGUUCAUUGGCUUUUUCCAGCUCGAAAAGACCUCGUUCACCAAGCAGGAACUCCGUGCCAUGGACGAGGAGCUCGCAAAUCCGUCAGGGGCACCUCUCCCUCGCCAUAUUCCUGAAAUAGUAAUCAAGGAGUACGUUCUCUACUCUCCCGAUUGUGGAAGGUUCAUCACCAACAAGAAGGAUUCGCUGUUGGUGGGGCUUAAGAGAGAGACCACCAUCAAGAGAUUCGGCAACUUAUUCAUUGGAUUGCUUGUGAUUACCGGGUUGCAGUUCUACGUGUUCAUCAAGCAGAUCAAUCGGAUCAGCACUCCUGGCCAAUAUUCGGUUAUAUCCUCUAAGACAGUCUCCAUUUUGGGUGUCCAAGAAGCCUUGUUGGCCGUGAUAUUGUUUUUUAACACCUCCAACGAGCUCUACUUGAUCAUCACCUGCUUGGGAGUGAUUUUGUUUGUGAUGUGUGCUAUCUUUAAGGUCCGCUUCAUCGUCAGCAUAUUGGCCAACCAGGUGAACGAGAGAGGAACUAGCUGGUGGGAGAUAUUGAGAGGUGGCACGAGAGGAGGUCAGGAAGACGGGGCUCAGACAAAUCCCGCUCCUGCCCAAGGUCCACCUGUUGUGCCGGGUUCACUUCCUUUAGCGAAUCCUCCACAACCAGCUCCCACUGUGGAACCACUUAAUUGGAACGAAGAAUCGUUGUUCAACGUCACGUUUGCCAGUGGGAUCAUCUUAACCUUUCUUUCGCUUUUUGUCAUUGUCAGUGCCAUGGAGUGGACGGUUUUCUACCGCAGGAUUUUCGAAUACGUGGCAUUGGUAGCAUGCAACUCCUACUGGGUUCCUCAGUUUUUAAGACACACGUUGAAGAACAGAAGACUGUCGUUCGGGUGGGACUUCAUUAUUGGUACCAGUGUGAUUCGCUUGAUUCCUGUGUACUACUUAUCGCUCUACAAGAACAACCUAUUGAGACACCACUACGAUCCAUACUUGGCGUUGGUGGUUACUGUAUGGCUUGUGGCGCAAAUCUCACUUCUCUAUGCUCAAAGCGUGUUGGGAGCUCGCUUCUGGGUCAACGAGAAGUGGUUGCCCAAGGCUUUCAACUACCAGGCAAUUCUUGAAAUGAAGGACUUGGAGUCCCGUGGAUUUGCAUCUGAUUUGUUGGCCAGCAUCAAGCCAGAAGAGGAGCAUGAGGGUAUUCUUGAGUGUAAGACUACCUGUCCGAUCUGUAUGACUGAACUUGAACUUCCUAUCCUUGUGGAUGGAAAUAACAAGGAAGCCAGAAAGAGAAUCAACAAUAAGGAGUAUGUGAUCACACCGUGCCACCACAUUUUCCAUGCAGAGUGUAUGGAGAACUGGAUGAAGUACAAGUUGCAGUGUCCUGUGUGCAGAGAGGGUCUUCCACCGAUUUAG